AUGCACAAUUUCCUAGAUGACAUUGACAAUUUCCAAGAGCAAACUCUAAAGAUAUUUCUUGACAUGGGGUUUGAUUCAUUCAUGCUUGUCUUUCCUAAUGCCGAACAGAAUGAGAAGGAUAUCGCUAUCUAUGUUGAAGGGGGUUUUGAGAUUUCUACAAAAGGAAAUUUCAAAAAAGUUCUUGCAAAGAAAGAUCCAGAGGGCUUCUUUAAAGGGUUGAAAGGCCUCUCUCGGGACCGUAGACCCAAAGUUUUUCCGGCAUCGGAGCCUAGUGAGUUAUCAGCGGUGAAUGGCUUCUUUAAAGGGUUGAAAGGCCUCUCUCGGGACCGUAGACCCAAAGUUUUUCCGGCAUCGGAGCCUAGUGAGUUAUCAGCGGUGAAUGUUGCCAAAAUUCAGGAACACUAUAAAUUUCCUAACAAGUCUAUGGCAGAAUUGCCUCCUUCAACUAUUCAAUAUAAUACCCUCAUUCUGGACAAGACUAUCCUUGGAAGGGAUGGAUCCCCCGAGCUGAUUUUCGAUUUUGCCUCACCUCUUAAGGGCUGGUGUCGUAGGUUCUUCUUCGUGUCUGGAAGAGCUUGGGAAUUCGACAAAGGAGAUCUCUUUGACAUCCGAAGGGAUGGAUCCCCCAAGCUGAUUUUCGAUUUUGCCUCACCUCUUAAGGGCUGGUGCCGUAGGUUCUUCUUCGUGUCUGGAAGAGCUUGGGAAUUCGACAAAGGGGAUCUCUUUGACAUCCGUGUGCCACUUAUGUCAACAGUCCCAGGAAUUUAG